AUGCGAAGUAGGGAUGCAUGGCUGGCUGUUUGUUUUGGCCAACUGAACGGUGAAGCGACCCAGUCUGAGCCCAGUGUGCCGAUCGAUUGGGAAGGCCAGGCAAAUGCACCAAUCGGCGGUGUUUGCUGGAGGCACCCAGGCCUAAUCGCCCGCAUACGUGCCUAUGAAUGGAAGGACGGUGUGGUAUGGCUGGAGAGGCAAAUGGCGAAACAGCACACAACCAGGCCUUCUAAAUCACCUAAAGCCGGCCUCGCGAUUUGCUCCUUUGCCACAUCAACUGGCAGGGCCGUGCCAAAGUCAACAGGGUCGGCAUCACAACAGCUUGUGCUAGAGACUGAGAUUGGCCAGCUAGUUGGAUGA